AGAAGCCUCCUGCUGGCUGCAGCCUGAGCCUCCUCACAUGCCUGUUCUCUCUCCACUGCCAUCCACUAAGCCUGCUCACUGCUGAGGAGCUGGGAUAUGUACAUCUGCUGAGCUGCUACAGGCUAAUUCCACUGCAGAAAUCAAGAUGCCAAGAGGAAAAGGCUUGUGUCUAUUCCUACAGAUGUUACUUCUUCAUCUUUAUGGAGUAUGCCAAGCCCAGCCAAAUUAUCAAGUGUUCGAUCUUCUCUCUGUGUCGGUUCAAAGGCAGGUCACCUCUUUCCUUCAAAAUGCACUGAGCAAUCCUUCCAUGAAUGAGGUUUAUGUCUUGUCAACUUUCAAACUGCAGCCCAAGUCCACAGUUACGCUCUUUGGACUUUAUUCCACCAGUGACAACAGCAGGUUGUUUGAAUUCACAGUUAUUGGUCGUUUAAACAAAGCCUCAUUACGAUACCUCAGAAGUGAUGGGAAGCUACACAUUGUCUUCUUUAAUAACAUUGACUUAGCUGAUGGGAAGCAGCACACACUUCUGUUGCACAUGAGCGGCCUACACCGGGGCUCAAGCUUUGCUGACCUCUACUUGGACUGUCAUCCGGUGGCUGGUGUUAAAGAUCUACCCCGUCCAUUAUCAGGGAUAAGCCAUAACACAGGAUCGGUGCUCUUGAGAACACUACAGAAAAGGGGACAGGAUUCCAUGGAUGAAUUAAAACUUGUAAUGGGAGGCACUCUUUCUCAGAUAGGAUCAAUACAAGAAUGCUUUAUGCAGCAAAGUGAGCCCGGUCAGCAAACAGGUGAUGUCAGCAGACAGUUGAUUGGCCAGAUAACCCUAAUGACUCAGCUGCUGGGAGAGCUCCGAGAUGUCAUGAGACAGCAGGUGAAGGAGACCAUGUUCUUGAGAAACACCAUUUCAGAAUGCCAGGCCUGUGGCUUAGGUCCUGAUGACCCAUUGCCAACUGAAGCUCCAAAGCGCCAAACCACCACUGCGCCUCCAAAGCCUCAAUGUGAUGCAAGUUCUUGUUUCAGAGGAGUGAGGUGCAUUAACGCCGAGACUGGGUUCCAGUGUGGCCCUUGUCCUGAAGGCUACACAGGCAACGGAGUCAUUUGUACUGAUGUAGAUGAGUGUCAGUUAAAUCCAUGUUUCCCUGGUGUUCGUUGCAUAAACACUUCUCCAGGAUUCAAAUGUGAGAGCUGUCCUCCCGGGUACACUGGAUCCACAAUUCAAGGGAUUGGCAUUAACUUUGCCAAGCAAAAUAAGCAGGUUUGCACAGAUAUCAAUGAAUGUGAAAAUGGGAGAAAUGGAGGCUGUACUUCCAAUUCUCUUUGCAUCAAUACAAUGGGAUCUUUCCGCUGUGGGGCCUGCAAACCUGGUUAUGUUGGGGAUCAAAUAAAAGGCUGCAAACCUGAAAAAAGCUGCCGCCAUGGACAGAAUCCAUGUCAUGCCAGCGCUCAAUGUUCAGAGGAAAAGGACCGUGACAUAACCUGCACUUGUUCAGUCGGUUGGGCCGGCAAUGGCUACCUCUGUGGCAAAGAUACGGAUAUUGAUGGAUACCCGGAUGAAGCACUGCCAUGCCCAGAUAAGAACUGCAAAACGGACAACUGUAAAUAUGUUCCUAACUCGGGUCAAGAAGACACUGAUAAAGAUAAAAUUGGAGAUGCUUGUGAUGAAGAUGCGGAUGGAGACGGUAUCCUAAAUGAACAGGAUAACUGUGUACUGGCUGUCAACAUCGAUCAGAAAAACAGUGACCAAGAUAUAUUUGGGGAUGCCUGUGACAACUGCCGGUUAACCCUCAACAAUGACCAAAGGGACACAGACAAUGAUGGGAAAGGGGAUGCUUGUGACGAUGACAUGGAUGGAGAUGGCAUCAAGAACAUCUUGGAUAACUGCCAGAGAGUUCCCAAUGUGGACCAGAAAGACAAAGAUGGAGAUGGUGUUGGCGAUGCUUGUGACAGCUGCCCUGACAUCAUAAAUCCAAACCAGUCAGACAUUGACAAUGACCUCGUUGGAGAUUCCUGUGAUACUAACCAGGACAGUGAUGGUGAUGGUCACCAGGACAGCACAGACAACUGCCCCACAGUGAUUAACAGCUCCCAGCUCGACACAGACAAGGACGGCAUCGGCGAUGAAUGCGACGACGAUGAUGAUAAUGAUGGAAUUCCGGAUACUGUUCCUCCCGGACCUGAUAAUUGUAGACUGGUGCCCAACCCAGGGCAGGAGGAUGACAACAAUGAUGGAGUUGGAGAUGUCUGUGAGGCCGAUUUCGACCAGGACACUGUCAUUGACCGAAUUGACGUUUGCCCUGAAAACGCAGAGAUCACUCUGACAGAUUUCAGAGCUUAUCAAACCGUGGUUCUAGAUCCUGAAGGGGAUGCCCAAAUUGAUCCAAACUGGAUUGUUCUGAACCAGGGAAUGGAGAUUGUGCAGACUAUGAAUAGUGACCCUGGACUGGCAGUUGGUUACACAGCAUUUAAUGGAGUUGAUUUCGAGGGCACAUUCCAUGUGAACACACUGACUGAUGAUGAUUACGCUGGUUUCAUCUUUGGCUACCAGGACAGUUCAAGCUUUUAUGUGGUUAUGUGGAAGCAGACUGAACAGACUUACUGGCAGGCCACCCCCUUUAGAGCUGUAGCAGAGCCUGGCAUCCAGCUGAAGGCCGUCAAAUCCAAGUCAGGACCUGGGGAACAUCUAAGGAACGCAUUGUGGCACACAGGAGACACCAAUGAUCAAGUGAGGCUGCUUUGGAAAGACCCAAGGAACGUUGGCUGGAAAGACAAAGUGUCCUACCGCUGGUUCUUACAGCACAGGCCCCAAGUAGGAUACAUCAGAGCUAGAUUUUAUGAAGGCACUGAACUUGUGGCUGACUCUGGCGUUACUGUGGACACCACCAUGCGUGGAGGAAGACUGGGAGUAUUCUGCUUUUCACAAGAAAACAUCAUUUGGUCCAAUCUGAAAUACCGGUGUAAUGAUACAAUCCCAGAGGAUUUCCAGGCAUUUCAAGCACAACAGUUUUCCAGUUAAACAGAACGCACAGAAUUUUUAUUUUUUUUCUGCAGUAAUAUGGGAAAAUGUUAUUUUCAUGCAGUCUUGUUUUCUACCAACUGUACAAUAAUGUAUGUAAAAUAAAAUGGAUACGAGGGAA